CCUGGAACGCGGACAGGUUCGGACUGGACUUGGAUGUGGGCGUGGCCUAGAGUAAAGAGGGCGUUGCUGUUUUUAUUCACGAAAAACACUAAACAAAAAUCUGAAGAGCUUUCAGAGUUAGCGUUAGUAGCUCAGGCUACAGGUUAGCUGUUACAGGCUAUCAUUACAAGUUAUAUGUUAGAGUGUAGCUUUGAACAACAGGAUUGAAACUUUGAAACUGACUGAGGAAGUUGAGAAAGACUCUGUGUGUGUGUGUGUGUGUGUGUGUGUGUGAGAGAGAGAGAGAGAGAGAGAGAGAGGGAAGCGUCCAGCACUUAAGGAGGGAUCUUACCAUGUGGAGAAGAAGCCUGGAGUCACCAUAAGAAUAAGUAGUCAUGCGUCGCUUCAGUUCAGAAGGAUCCCUCCUGGGCCUGGACAUCUUUCCCUGGAAGAGUGUGUCUCAGAAGAAUGACCGCUCUGAUAAUGUGGAUGGAUCCAGCACCUGUAAGACCCUGCCAUGCCAGGGGAACAAAGUGGAUCACGGAGCGGCCUCUCUGCCUGCCACACCGGCCGCUUUGCAGGACCCCGUGAGCAGCUCAGCGAAGGAGCUCUCCAAGGAGCUCAGCUUUAGUGUAGAGGAUCUUACAGAACUAGACAUACCGUCUGGCAUGCUGAAAGUCACCAAUCUCAACGAAAGCUUCAAAGCGUACAGUGACAGUCAGCUGGCGCCGCAUGCUAUCAGCAACGGUGAGAGUGUAGAGAAGGACGACGUUCCGUCUCUGUGUCCAUCGUCCACGUCCACGCUCAACCCCGUCUGCUUUAACUCAGGCUCAGGGACACACCAGAACCGGCACCAUGUCCGGGCCAAGCUGUCGUCUGCUAAAUUACAUCUGAAGAGUCUGUUUGGGCAGAGCCCCCACUCUUCCAAUCCCAGUGUCACAGUACCGGAGCCCAGAGACCGGGAAAGCAGUGCCAAACAGCGGCGAUCCCGCUUCACAAAGCAGUGGAGUCAGGUGGGUCACGCGAAGACACGGCUCAGCAGGGCGGAGCUGGAGAAAUGGGCUGAGUCGCUCGACGUCAUUCUCAACAGCAGAGUGGCCGUAUCCGUGUUUGGCGCAUUCCUCCGCUCUGAGUUCAGUGAGGAGAACCUGCAGUUUUACUUGGCCUGCGAGCAGUACAGACAAUCGUCCAACACCUUCAGCCUGGGCCGACGCGCCAAGGAGAUCACUGCCACCUACAUUCAGCCUGGUGCACCUCGUGAGGUAAAUUUGGACAGUAAGACCCGAGAACUGACGCUGCAGCUGCUGAAAGCUCCCUCUCACAACUCCCUGUGCCAUGCUCAGAAACGCAUUCGUGCCCUACUGGAAUAUGACUGUUACCCUCGCUUCCUGCAGUCGAACAUCUACCUCACACUCCUACAGGAUGCUCACUAAGUGCAUGUGGGUCAAGGAGACAUCCUGAGGGCAUUUAAUAGAGUGAUGGACACAGGAAUGCCUGAAAAGGCAGGCACGGGUGGUGCUGAUUGUGAUAACCCUAGCUUGAAAAUAAUAAAGAAUUAAUAAUGAUAGAAUAAGCAACACUUCUUUCCUGCUCUUAAGUUAAUGUAUUGUUGGAAAUAGUAGAGUGGUUUAAAUGAGGGGCGGGGAAAAAAGCGCUGAUGUCUUCUUUACACUGUAGUACAUUGUUAUCCAACUCACCCAGUAGUCUUAGGCUAACUAAAGUGCACACUAACUUGUAAUCAUUACCUAAGACGCUGGCUCCCAUCAUGCUUGAGUGAGCAAGAGCAGAACGGCAUGCUUACAGAAAGCGACAACUCGUCAGGCGAGAUUGGCCUCCUCUCAAAGGGUCACAGCACUGGCAGUACAGGAAUAUCAUGACAUUUUCCCAGGAAUUCCUUCCUACCUGAUUCAACAAGUGUGUUUGGCAGAAGACCAGUGGCGGUUGUAAAGUGACCCAAGGCGCCAGGCUUGUGUAUAGAAUUCCUCACUGUUGUUUAUGUUUCUAUCAGUUUGGGAUAUUUAGAAAUAAAUCAUGUUUUAUAUAGUGUCUGAUCCCUAAACAGAAGUCACAGCAUGUUUUAUUGUUUCUGAUCCUUCUACAUUAGUCACAAGAUACAUUGUUGUCUUUUUUUGUUGUUGGACCACCUUCGUAACAAGAGCACCACUGUCCUUUUAAUGUCCUCGUCUCCUUUAGUGUCUCUUGUGGAGUUCUGCUGCAGGCUGGAUACACAAGUGAAUGUUAUAGAGCGAGACUGGCUUUCAAGGCUUUCUCAGUUGUAUAAGAGCUGGAAAUGUGGCCAUAUUCACUGUGUGAAAUCCCACUCUGACAUGUCAUUUAGUCUUUUCAACAAGUCCACUGGAUUAAAUGUUGAGUGCUGCACUAAAUGGCUGUUUAAUGAGCCACAAGAGUUUCAUUUUCUUGACUUAAGAGCUCUUAAUAUUAUUUUUAGGAUGUUUCAAUGGAAAACUGGGAUGUUUGACAUGUCUAUCCUACAAAACAUAGCACUUUGUUAAGAUUGUGUCACAUUUUGUGUGAAUUUAGGUAAUGGUGGUUAAAAAAUAAAGUUGCUCCAGUUGA